CCUAACCAUAACGGCAUCAAAUUCAAUCAGCAGGGAAAAAUGGCGGCCUUUCUUCCUCGUACUUUAGGUCUUACCGAGGCAAUAAUUCGGACAAGUGGAACAAAGCUUUUAGCAGUCACAACAUCAAACAACUUGCCCAGGAAACAGCAAGUCCGCCACCUGAAUGUGCAUGAGUAUAUCAGCUACACUCUCCUGCGUGAUGCCGGCAUCCCAGUACCAAAGUUCCAUGUGGCUAAGACAAAGGAAGAGGUUGUCCAAUUUGCCAAAGAACUUAACACCAAGGACAUUGUGCUCAAGGCUCAGGUACUUGCUGGAGGUCGCGGCAGAGGUUUCUUCAAGAGUGGCCUGAAGGGUGGAGUCCGUAUGGUCGACACCCCGGAGGUGGCGGGCGAGCUAGCCAGCAAAAUGUUGAAGCAGCUGCUGGUGACGAAGCAAACAGGUGCUGCGGGCCGCAUCUGCAAUAUGGUCAUGGUCACUGAACGCAAGUUUCCGCGCCGCGAGUUCUAUGUUGCCGUCAUGAUGGAGCGCAGUUUUAACGGUCCAGUGAUUAUUGCCUCAUCUCAAGGAGGUGUGAGCAUUGAAGACGUGGCUGCCGAGACCCCUGAGGCCAUCAUAUACGAACCUAUCGACAUUGUGACCGGCAUUACCGAAGAACAAAUCAAACGCGUCGUUACCAAGAUCGGCCUGGAAAAUCAUAUGAACGAAGCAGUGGAUAUGAUAAAAAAAAUGUACGCCCUAUUCUUAGAGAAGGACGCGCUUCUCAUCGAAAUUAACCCUUACGCCGAGGACGCCAUUACUGGCAAAUUCUUCUGUCUGGACGCUAAGUUUCGUUUUGAUGACAACGCUGUCUUCAGACAAAAGGAGUUAUUCGCCCUUCGCGAUAUCACACAGGAAGAUCCGAAAGAAAUUGAAGCAGCCAAAUUUGAACUCAACUACAUCGCGCUUGAUGGCAACAUCGGAUGCAUGGUGAACGGCGCGGGUCUGGCGAUGGCGACCAUGGACAUCAUCAAGCUUUAUGGUGGCGACCCCGCGAACUUCCUCGACGUCGGUGGCGGUGCCACUGCACAAGCCGUUGCGGAAGCCUUCAAAAUCAUUCUUCAAGAUCCAAAAGUUACGGCCAUAAUGGUGAACAUAUUUGGCGGCAUCAUGAGGUGUGACGUCAUCGCCGAGGGCAUCAUCAACGCUGCCAAGAAUCUGAAUAUUCAGAUUCCCGUCAUUGUCCGUUUGCAGGGUACUAAAGUAGAUGAAGCAAGGAAACUGAUUGCGGAAUCUGGUCUCCGCAUCGUGCCACGUGACGACCUGGACGAGGCUGCGGCGCUCGUGGUACAGCUCUCCGAGAUCGUGGCGCUCGCCAAGAAGGCAGGCGUUGAGGUGCAGUUCGAUAUACCACAGUAUUUUAUCGAGAAGUAGAGCAUUGACAGUAUUCAACUAUAUUUAAUAACAUUCAGCUUCUACCUUUUGACAUUUGAAACAUAAAAAAGAUACGCAUAAAAAGCUUAAAGUGUGUGAUAUGUACGUGGACGUCGAAUAUCGAAAUAUACAACCAGAGGUCGUUUUAAUCCAUUUUACACAAAAAGUAAACAAUCAGGUCGCUGACCCGACCAUAGAUAAUUUAAUGAUGGCCAAUUGUAAUGCCAACUACGACGACUUAAUCUAUUUGUUUAAUUUGAAACAGUUGGAAUAACUUUUUCUGAGUGACGAUAUUUUCAUACAUAGUAGUAGUGCAUGGUAUACUUAUACUACGAAUGGUUUUUCUUACGUGACCUAUAAAAGUAAAUUUAAAAUUUCCGAAAUAUUAUGUUAAUGUUAAUCCUCCUUCAAAUCCACUUAAAUACUUGCACGAUUGUGAUUGAAAUGUUCGAUUUACUAAUUUACUACAAAAACAUCAAUUGAAUGAACUGAAUGAAUUUUUUCGUACAGCACUUGCAACCAUGGACAAUCCAUACUUCUACAUUUGAAAAAUGAACUCACC